AUGGCAAAGGUUUCCAGCAAGAAGACCUCGGUUAAGAAGACCGAGUCUUCCAAGACCACAAAGUCCAUCCCCCCUCAAAUGAUCGCCUCAGUCGCGGCUUUCUUGUCGGAGAAUUUCCCAGAGACUAGCGCCGCCUUCACCAAGGAAGCAAAGUCGGGCAAGACGAGCGAUGCGAAGAAUGUCCCCUCUCUCUUGGAACUCUUCCAAGCUUCAGAGCAGGCAUCUGGCGUGAAGAAGUCUACUAGCCCCAGUUCUUCUUCCAGCUCAAGCAGCAGCUCCGAUAGCGACUCGGAUGUUGAGAUGGGCGACGCCACUCGCUCCUCCUCCUCCUCUUCGUCUUCCUCUUCCAGCUCCGACAGCGAUGCGGAUGAUGAGGAUGACGAUAAGCCCCCUGCGGCUCCCACCCCCGCCCCCGUCGCGGCCAAAAAGUCUGCCGGUGUGAAGCGCAAGGCCGAAUCUAGUGGCGAGUCUAGCAGCUCCUCCGACUCCUCUUCCUCUUCCUCCGAAGAUGACAGCCCUAAGGCUAAGAAGGCCAAGACCUCCCCAACCCCGAAGGAUGCAUCUUCCUCUUCCUCUUCAUCCGAAUCUUCAUCCUCGUCUUCGGAUUCUUCCAGCUCUGACUCUGAUUCCUCGUCGAGCUCUUCUUCUUCUGAUUCCUCUGAUUCCUCGUCUGACUCUUCUUCCGACUCUUCCGACUCUUCCGACUCCUCUUCCUCCGACUCUUCCUCUGAGUCCGAGUCCGAGUCUGAGAAGGAAUCUAAGAAGGCCCUGAAGAAGGCAAAGAAGACUCCUCUUCCCGAGUCCGACUCCUCUUCUGACUCCGAAUCUUCCUCAUCCGGCAGCAACACCCUCGCUCCUUCCCCGGAGACCGAGACUAAGCCCACUAUGAAGGCUGUGGAGGCCGUGCUGACCACCUCCUCAAGCGCCAGCCCCGCUCCUGGCAACGGACCUGCCAAGAAGAAGCACACCGGAGCUCGCCCCACCCCUCUGGCUCUCCUGAGCGAGUUGCCUCAUAACCACCCCUCGAACGACUACAUUUCGUAUGCCUACGCGGAACGCGCCUGGAAGGACCUGUCUGUGACUCGUGGCAAGGGCUUUACCAAAGAAAAGAACAAGAAGAAGCGUGGUUCCUACCGCGGUGGUCCCAUCGACAUCGCCCCCUGCACCACCUCUUUCAAGUUUGAGGACUAA